AUGGCUUCAGCGCUUCAGAAAUUGCUUCGAAAACCACCACCACUAACCUUCAAAUUCAUCACUGCCUUCAACCCUUCUUCACCACUCCAAAACCCUAUUCUCAGUGUCCCCCCACAGUGUCACCCUCAACCCUCUUCCUCAAGCCACGCAUCGCAGCCCUUCGAUACCUCCAACGUGAUCUUUCCCAGUUUCCCUUUUGGGUUUUUUCCAAAACCCGUUUUUGAAAGUGGGUUUCACUCCCUCGAUGAUGAGGUGAGAGAAGAUUCUGGAACCGUCUGGGCGGACAGCGUGAAGAAGAAGCGGAAGCGGAAGAUGAACAAGCACAAGUACCAAAAGCUUAGGAAGCGCAUGAGGAGACAGAGCUAG